UGCAAUGCGAUGUAUGAAAAAAUAUAUAUACUCGUAUAUAUACGUUUACUUUCUGGUCUUUGCUAGUUUUUAAUAGUUAUUAAUUGCUCUGAGUUUUGUAAAGUCGACUCUGCUGUGAUAAUGCGCUUCUUCAAUCAUUCUGGCGACCGACAACAACAGCGAUAUAAUUUGAAACCAUGAUAUUGAAGGACAAGCAAUGGAGGCCACAUGCUUGGCAGUGCUCUGUUGUUGGGGAGCUUGUUGAAAUGUUCUGCCUGACUGCAAGUGUUGUCCACCAUUUUGCUGUGUUUGGUGAUAAGAAGGACUAUAUAGUUUUAAAAGUGAGACAUGAUAAUAUAAUAAGUACCAGAGUAUUCAAGAAAUUGUUAACCAAGCCACUUACAGGGGCAGGCUCAUUUUUUCUUUCUGAUUCAUUGGUGCUACCACACAAGAACUAUGCAAGACAUGGUUCAAGUCCAUCUCAUUUGGAUGUAAUAUGGUAUAUACAGAAGUUAUUGCCUGAUCAGAUGUUGCAUUAUCCCCAGAAUCUUCACUUUCAUGAAUUGGCCAUUCAAGAUUGAAUUUAUCUGCUCAU